AUGCGUUUCACCACCUUCAUCCUCGCUGCUCUCAUGAGCAUCUUCGUCGACGCCGUCAUGGGCGCUGGCUGUUUCUCCGACAAGGCCAGCGGAAGCUGUCUUACCAAGGCCCGUCUCGACACUGCCAUCGGAACAUACUGCAAGAACAACUGGAGACAGACCACGACCAACUGGCGUCCGUGGAAGGGUGCCAACGGCGCAGAGGGACAUAUUGGACACAUCGGCGUGUUCAAGACCGAGGCUGCUUGCGUGACUCUUGCAAAGAGCAUUGUCAGCAAGUGCUAUUCUGGCUCUAACGGGGGUCAGAAGGGCGGUGCCGCUGAGCGUGGCGCGGCUGCUAUCAACAUCGUUUGGUGCCCAUGGAACUCUUAG